AUGGAGGAGGCACACAGGCAGCAGCAGUUAUCCACAAGGAUUCAAUUGCUCAAACUGAAAAGACUCAACGAGUUGAACAACAAUCUCCGCAAUGAACUGUCAAGGGAAAGAAUCACCGCUUCAAACGCCUGCCUUACAAUCAUAAACUACUGUAAUAACACAAGGGAUUACACUCUCCCAGAGGUAUGGGGGUACCCGCAGCCGGGGGAGAACCAUUUUAGGUACAACGGGGGGAACAGGCCGCGUCAGGUGGUGGCACAGCAGUCCCAGGACACUUGUUGCACCAUCGUUUGA